AUGGUUGUCAUGGGAUUGUCAUGGGAGGGAGUGAGCCGCCGGGGCGUGCAAGACAGGGAUCUUAAGAGCCAGCUCCAAGGCCGGACACCAGAUAGCCUCGAAGCAACCUCGGCAGGGAUCAGGGCAUCAAUGAUCAAGGGAGCGAGCGACGUGGCCGCGGCAGGAGUCAGUCACGUCGAAGCUCCUGAGCAAUCUCGGGAUCCCGAGCCCAGACCCGGCCUGGGCGUGCCAUCGAUCUGGAACUGCCGUUGA